AUGGCUUUAAUUUGUAUUGGUUCUGUAUGUUUUUCAUUAUUUCAAAUUGGAAUACUAGUAUUAUUUAUUAUCAAUUAUUUUUCUUCUCAUAUAAAAAAAUUAUUUUCUCGAUAUUUUCCGAGUAAUAAAAUAGACAACGAAAUUGAAAGUAUUUUACAGUUAAAAAAAGAAAAUAAAAAAUAUGAAGAAGGUAGGUAUAUUGAAUUACAAAAAAACGAAUGUUUAAAAGAGAUAUUUUCAUUAACUAAAAACUUAUCAGUAGUUUUGAAAUUUGGUAGUACGUGGUGUAAGCCCUGUAUCAAUAUAAAAGAAUAUUUCAAAAAUCAAAAAAAUUCUUUUGACGUAACACUUGUUGAUAUUGAUGUUGAUAUUCAUAAAAAGUUAAAAGAAUCACAUAUAAUUAACGCAUUACCCACUUUUGAAUUUUAUUUUUUAUUAAAUAAUGAAUGGAUAAAAACUUAUCGAAUUGAAGGAGGAAAUCAAAAAGAGAUAGAAAAAGCUUUUAAAAAAUACUGCUUGUCAAAAUAA